CGCGUCCCCCGGCCCGCGUGGCGGCGGCGGGGCCCGGGUUCCGAGUCCGCGCGUGGCGGAGGCUGGGCGGCUUCUCUCAGGGUCCCUGCUGCAUUCGACAAGCUGAAGUUAGAGCGCGGGCCAGGACUUCUUCCAAGGCUGCGGCCCCGCUCAGCUCGUUUGGGCCGGAAGUCAGUCCGAUUCCGCCCCGGCCCAGAGCCGUGCGGUACAAGCAGGGUACGGGCACCUAGCGGCUGCCCUGAAACCAUGCACGAAAAAGGAGGGACCGAAGGCCGUCCCAUGUGCACUGUCCGACGGUUUGCACCGGGCUCGUGGUUCAGAGCGCGGCUCGUGACUGCCUCCUCCUCGGCGUGAGCACCAGGUCUGGACGCAUCCAGCGCAACCAUGUUCUCUGAGCAGGCUGCCCAGAGGGCCCAUACUCUGCUCUCCCCGCCGUCAGCCAGCAAUGCCACCUUCGCCCGCGUGCCUGUGUCCACGUACACCAACUCCUCGCAGCCCUUCCGGCUGGGGGAGCGCAGCUUCAGCCGGCAGUAUGCCCACAUUUAUGCCACCCGCCUCAUCCAAAUGAGGCCCUUCCUGGUGAGCCGGGCCAAACAGCACUGGGGUGCUGGAGUCCAAAUAAAGAAGCUGUGUGAGCUACAGCCCGGGGAGAAGUGCUGUGUGGUGGGGACCCUGUUCAAGGCCAUGCCGCUCCAGCCAUCCAUCCUGCGGGAGAUCAGCGAAGAGCACAACCUACUCCCCCAGCCCCCACGGAGCAAAUACAUCCAUCCGGACGACGAGCUGGUCUUGGAAGAUGAACUGCAGCGCAUCAAACUGGAAGGCACCAUUGAUGUGUGCAAGCUGGUCACAGGGACGGUCCUGGCCGUGCUCGGCUCCGUGAGAGACACUGGGAAGUUUCUGGUGGAGGACCACUGCUUUGCAGAGCUUGCUCCUCAGGAGCCCGCACCCUGCCUUGACACAGACAGGUUUGUGCUGCUGGUGUCUGGCCUGGGCCUGGGUGGAGGUGGGGGCGAGAGCCUGCUGGGCACCCAGCUGCUGGUGGAUGUGGUGACCGGGCAGCUGGGGGACGAGGGGGAGCAGUGCAGUGCCGCGCACGUGUCCCGGGUCAUCCUGGCCGGGAACCUCCUCAGCCACAACACCCAGAGCAGAGACUCCAUCAACAAGGCCAAGUACUUAACCAAGAAAACCCAGGCAGCCAGCGUGGAGGCCGUCAAGAUGCUGGAUGAGAUCCUCCUGCAGCUGAGUGCCUCGGUACCCGUGGAUGUGAUGCCGGGAGAAUUUGACCCAACCAACUACACACUCCCCCAGCAGCCCCUGCACCCCUGCAUGUUCCCGCUGGCCACUGCCUACUCAACCCUCCAGCUGGUCACCAACCCCUACCAGGCCACCAUUGAUGGAGUCAGAUUCCUAGGGACAUCAGGACAGAAUGUGAGCGACAUUUUCCGGUACAGCAGCAUGGAGGACUACCUGGAGAUACUGGAGUGGACGCUGCGCAUCCGUCACAUCAGCCCCACAGCCCCCGACACGCUAGGUUGCUACCCCUUCUACAAGACAGACCCGUUCAUCUUUCCCGAGUGUCCUCAUGUCUACUUUUGUGGGAACACCCCCAGCUUUGGCUCUAAAAUCUUCCGAGGCCCAGAGGACCAGAGGGUGCUGCUGGUGGCUGUCCCUGACUUCAGCAGCACGCAGACCGCCUGUCUCGUGAAUCUGCGCAGCCUGGCCUGCCAGCCCAUCAGCUUCUCAGGCUUCGGAGCUGAGGAGGAGGACCUGGGGGGCCUGGGUCUGGACCCCUGACUCACAGAGACCCCGGCCACCCUUUCCCCACAGUGUUGGCACCACAGCAGGGGGUGCUUUGUAAUAAAAGCCUGACCUUGUGCUGGCGUUGAGCUCCUGCA